AUGAUAAGAUGUUCUUCUAAUGGUUCAUUUGAUCGAUUAGAUGACCAAAUACUUGAUCGAUUUUGUUCACAAAUUUUACCUUCGAUUCAUCAUAACAUCAAAUGGUUAGAUGUUGAAUGUUCGUCUAUGGAAGAUGUUCUUCUUUGUACAAGUUAUCCUAACUUAUCGGAACUUGGUUUACAUAAUAUCGAGAAGAACAUUGCAUUACGUAUUUUUACUGACGAAACUCCUUUAACUCACAUAUUUCAAGAUAAAAUUUCAUCACUUGUUAUUGAUGUUGUUCAAUGUGAAAGUUUAAGUAUGAAUGACACAAGCAAUUCAAAUAUAUUUGCCCACAUUUUAACUUUAUUCUCCAAGUUAAAAUAUUUGGAUUAUAGAUCAUCUUUUUGGUAUCAAUCAUUAUUUGAAAUGUCUAAAACUAUUUCCUCUUCAAUUCUGUUAGAAUUACAUAUCAAACUGGACAAAUUUACAGAUUGUCUUUAUUUACUUGAUGGUCGUUUCGAUUCACUUGAAAAGGUUUUUCUUGAUAUUUAUCAAAUAUCUACUCCAGAGAUAGUAAUUAAUAAUAAAAAAGAAUUACCGAAGCUAAAAGCGUUUUCUCUCUAUUCUGACCGACCUACAUUUCAAUAUAAUGAAUUGAUUGUGCCACUUCUACACCGAAUGGUCAAUUUAGAAGAACUCGAUUUACAUCUUGUCGUGCAUUGUGAGAAAAGAUUUGUUGAUGGCUAUAAUUUGAAAUACAAUAUCAUUAAUCAUUUGUUUCAAUUAAAUAAAUUUCUAUUUAACAUACGAUCAUGUCUAUAUAUAAACGAUCAAAUUUAUUUAUUAUCAAAUGAAGAUUGUCAACAUUCAUUCAAUGAUUUUAAAAAUAAUAAAAUUAUUUCAUGUGUCGAUUAUUUUCCAGAUUUCAAACAUGGUCAAUGUCAUAUUUAUUCAUAUCCAUAUAGAGCAAAGACAUAUGAAUAUAUUACAAAUAAUUUUCCAGAUGGAUUAUUUAAAUAUGUUCGUGAAGUUUCAUUAUAUGACGACCGUCCUUUUGAACAUGAAUUUUUUUUGAAAAUUGCUAAAUCUUUCCCAUUUAUGGAACAAUUAACUAUAUACAAUAGGAAACCACAGAAGAACAAAUCUUAUGAACAAUCAAAAUAUGAUAAUCAACAUUUAUCACCUAUUCAAUAUCCUUAUCUGAGUGUACUCGAGUUGUUUUCGGCUCAUGAUGAUUAUGUCGAGCAAUUUCUAUUGGAUAUCAAAACAUCUAUAAUAAGAACGGUCAACCUUCAAGUUCUAUUUUCAACGUUGGAUAGAAUAACGCACAGUUUUACGAGAGAUGCAACACGAAUCAAUUGUGGAAAACUAUUUUCUAUAUAUGUACCUCAUGAUAUAUCGAUUUCAACACAACUCAAAGACUAUUUUCCUCAUACAAAAAUUUAUACAAUUUGA